ACAUCCCACAAUCCCGAAACCCUAGCCUCCUUCGUUUCGAGCUCGCAUGGAACCCGGGCUCGUCACGAAGGCCUCCCUCCUCUCUCCGCGCCGCAAGAAAUGGCUUCUCAUACUCGCGGCUCUCGGCGCGUCAGGUUACACCGCUUACAGGGUUUACAACUCGCCCUCUUUGGCCCGGAAGCGGAGGAGACUCACGAAGGUCGUCGGAGCCCUGAUUUCCAUGGCGGAGAUGGUUUCUGAUUCCGCCGAGACCACCGGCAUUGUCUCUAAAGACUUGAAGGAGUUUCUGAGCUCCGAUUCCGACGAAAUGCCCAGAAGCCUGAAGCAGAUUUCCAAGAUUGCGAGGUCGGAGGAGUUCUCUGGGUCGUUGCAGAGGCUCACGGAGGCUUUAACGAUCGGGGUUUACCGAGGGUUUGAGGCUGAGAAGAGGAAUGGAGUCGAAUCAGAGGAGAAUACGGGGUUUUCGGAGAGAGUAAUGGAGAAGGUCUUCUCUAAAGCCGGCACCGGGUUCGUUUCGGUUGUGGUUGGAAGCUUUGCGAGGAACAUGGUUAUGGGCUUUUACGACUCCGGUGAGAAUUCGGGUGGAAAUUCGAGUUCUUCUGCUUCGGAUGUGCUUGAUGUGGUUUGUAGCGAUGGAAGUAAGGAGCUGAUAGGGAAUUGCAUACAGGUUUUCGUGUCGACUGCGGUUGCGGCAUACUUGGAGAAAACGAAGGAUAUCAAUGUGUAUGAUGACUUGUUUGUUGGAAUGACGAAUCCCAAGCAUGAGGAGAAGGUCCGGGAGCUUUUGGUUUCUGUAUGUAAUGGUGCUGUGGAGACUGUUGUGAAGACUUCUCAUCAAGUUUUGACGAGUUCUGGUUCGAAUUCGGAGUCAAAUUUGGGUUCUGGGGGUAUUCAGGAUAGCGGGUGGAUUGGAAAGGUUUCGUCUACAUUGGCAGUGCCGCAGAAUAGGAAGUUUGUUCUUGACGUGACUGGGAGGGUGACAUUCGAGACUGUAAGAUCUUUUGUUCAGUUUAUGAUGUGGACGCUAAUAGAGGGGUUGAGAAGAACUGUUAAUAUGGUUCAUGGGGAGAUUGUGGGUAGGGGGUUGCAAGUUAUCAGAUAUUUUGGUGCAAAGUCUUCAGCUAUUGUUACCAUAUGUCUUGCUUUGCAUUUGUAUGUCUUCAGUGGUACUAGAGUUCUCUUGACUGCUUAGUUUGGCUGGUUUAUAUAACCUCCUGUGUAUGAAUCUGUAUGUAAAUCUUUGACUCUUAUGACAUAUAUUGAUGCAUGAUUUUAGUUUCAGG